AUGUUUCGAUGGGAAGACUGCCUAGAAGGGCAUAUCCUCAUUGGCUUGAUCUUUAGCACAUUCGCCUUCGUCUGCAUGAUCAUAGUAACAUUCUCCACCCCAUUCAUCAAAACCAUCUACUUUCUAUCCAUGACAAACACAAACGGUGAUGCGACACAUUACGGCGCUUUCGGGUACUGUGAAGAAGAGAGCGAUAGCUGUUCCAGCUCUAAAGUGGGAUACGAGCCUCCCGGACCGCAGAACGUCGACAUGCCCGAGUGGCUACUCAAGACAAGUAUCCUCUUCGGCAUCGCCGGCCUGCUCUUCUUCAUAGCUUGGAUAACCCUCAUCCUCUCCCUCCUCCGCUUCAAAAAGUUCGCCUGGAACCCCGUCUACUUCCGCACCUCCUGCGUUCUCGCCGCCUUCUCCGCCAUCCUCGCCGAGAUAUUCGCGCUGGUACUAUGGGUGCGCGCGAAACAUGAUUUCGAUGGCGAUGGUUGGGUGGGGUGGGAGGCGGGGUAUGGGGCGGGGUUGUGGAUUGGGUUGGUGGGAUGUAUAUUCGGCGGGCUUGCAGCGUUGAUAGGAGGACCGGCGUAUCAGGGGAGGUUCAUGUAUCGCGCUCAUCCGGGAGCUGCAUAUAACGUAUGA